AACUCUAAAUUAUAUAACUAAAUUAACUAGCUAUUAUGCUACUCUGUUCCUUCGUUCUCAGUGUAAGGCUGUUUUUCUUAGCGUAUCCUCAGUGAUUUGAAGUAAAACUAAGUUUUUACUGCACAUUGCAGAAAGACGGAUGACUCUGAAGAGCAAUAGGUGGCAGCAGACAUCUUUUUUUUUAUUUUUCACAAUGAACAAACCCAUUUCAGCAGCUUUUCAGCAGUCUACUAUAGACUUAUAGACAGACUUUAGACUAUACCUCAACCUUUCAGUCCUUCUGCCACUCUCUGAUCUCCUGCACGCACUGUGAUAAGAGAGACAGAGGGAGAGAGAGCGAGAGAGAGAGAAAGCAGGAGAAAGAGAAAGUGUGUGUGUGUGUGUGUGUGUGUGUGUGUGUAUGUGUGUGUGUGUGUGUGUGUGCGCACAUUUUCAGGCCACAACCAUACAGCAGCAGUCUCUUAUCGGAUGGGAGGUGUUGGGGCAUUCACUGGUCCUCAUGCGGUGGAAUCAGCCUGAGCUGAGCAGAAACUAAAGAGGAGUUUUCACUUCUUUAAAAAAGCAGCUGCCAGAGCUGGGCGCCAGGAUGAAUGCGAGUCAGCAGAACGCCUCCCAGGGUUGUGGGUCGCUCAUCAAAGUCACUUCCGUCCUCUUCCCCAGCCUCUACGGCAUCCUCUUCCUGGCCGCCAUCGUGCUCAACUGCCUGGCUGCCUGGAUCUUCUUCCAGAUCCGCAGCAGCUCCACCUUUGUGGUGUAUUUGAAGAAUGUGGUGGUGGCUGACCUGCUGAUGACCCUGACCGUGCCUGUGAAGGUGCUUGGGGACGCAGGCGUGGGCUCCAUCACGCUCCGAGUCUUCUACUGCCGCUACUCCGCUGUUCUCUUCUACACCACCAUGUACAUCAGCAUCCUGCUGCUGGGGCUGAUCAGCCUGGACCGCUACCUGAAGAUCGUGCGGCCCUUCGGGAAGUGCGCUCUGCAGCGAGUGGGCGUUGGCCAGGCCGUGUGUGCGGGGGUCUGGGCCGUCAUGGUGUCCCUGGCCCUGCCCAACGUGAUCCUGAGCAACAAGGAGCCGUCGGUGUCCCGCAGCGGCCGGGUGAAGUGCAGCAGCUUGAAGAGUGAUCUGGGCCUGCGCUGGCACGAGGGCUUCAACUACCUGUGCCAGGUGGUGUUCUGGGGAACGCUGGGACUCAUGGCCGUGUGCUACACCUUCAUCAGCCAGAGGGUCUACAAGUCAUACCGUGCCUCAAAGAGCAGCUCCGGAACAGCCAGCAGACGCACAAAGUCCAAGGUGUUUGUGGUGGUUGGCGUGUUUUUCGUGUGCUUUGCUCCGUUCCACUUGGCCAGAGUGCCCUACACCCUCACUCAGACGCGAGGCACGUCCGCCCACUGCUGGGCUCAGAACCAGCUCUACUUUGCCAAGGAGAUCACACUCUGGCUGUCUGCCACCAACACUUGCCUGGACCCUCUCAUCUACGUCUUCCUGUGCCGGGUCUUCCGCAGGAAGCUCACUGCCACCCUCACCCGCAAGCCCUUGGCUAAUGGAGGCCUGAACUCACACACAGAGACUUCCACCAAGCCCGAGAUAUCCCAAACGCCCCAUUUUAACAAAUCUAUUGAGCUCACCAGCCAUUAGCAUCACUUAGCAUACACAGAGGAGCUGCAGUGGACCAAUCAGUCCGGUUCUUCCGCUCUGAGACUGUGCUUCCUAGGAACCUUUAAUAUGCUGAUUCAAAUACAAGAGAAGGAGUUGAGUGGAUUAUGCAGAACCUCGCCUGAUCUUUGAGAAUAUACUUUCCGAGGAGAGUGAGAACUGUUGAUUUUACAUGUUGUUUUUGCUGUAAACAACUAUAGCCUGGAGAUGCUCAGAAGCUUGUGAAGAGACGUUGCAUUUCAGCAAAACUGGUGUACUGUUUUUUUUGUAAGGAGUAUAAAAAGACGGCUAUAAGCAACUGUUACAAAUACCCUUAAAUAAAAUAGGGCCCACAACUGAGCCUUGAGGAACCCCAUAAAUGCUCAAUGCCAAGAAAGAAGAGUAGGUUUUAUUUGAUGUAAAAGAUGUUUGUAUUGUUUUUUUUUCUGCACUUUUUCUACUUGCAAAAUAACUGUACUAUAUACAAAAUACAACUCUGGGAAAAAAAAUUAAGAGACACUUCAGUUUCUAAAACAUUUCUCACAAAUUCCAGAUAAAAAUAUUGUCAUUUACAGCAUUUAUUUGCAGAAAAUGAGAAAUGGCUGAAAUAACAAAAAAAGAUGAAGAGCUUUCAGACCUCAAAUAAUGCAGAGAAAACAAGUUCAUAUUCAUAAAGUUUUAAGAGUUCAGAAAUCAAUAUUUGGUGGAAUAACCCUGGUUUUAAUCACAAUUUUCAUACAUCUUUGCAUGUUCUCCUCCACCAGUCUUACACACUGCUUUUGGAUAACUUUUUGCCGCUCCUGGUGCAAAAUUUCAAGCAGUUCAGUUUGGUUUGAUGGCUUGUGAUCAUGCUUCUUGAUUCUAUUCCAGAGGUUUUCAAUUUGGUAAAAUCAAAGAAACUUUAAUAAGAGUGAUAUUUUAUUUUUCUCCAGAGCUGUAUAUAUAAAAUAAUUCUAAAUGUUUCUACUGCUUUAAAAAAUACCAGGAAAAGCUAAUCAUUUUUAUUUUCAGCGUGAUUUAAUUAACUAAAUGUGUCGCACUGACUAAUUAUUGUGAAGUGAGCAUUUUGUUUUUUUAUGCAUUUCUAUGUCUAUUUAUUAAGUUAUACAACAAAUUAUUAAAAAAAACUUUAUUUUAACGAACUUAAAUCUGAAACUUUCUAACAUAUUUUGCUUGUAUAUCCAGCUCUUAAAUUGCCAAGGGUAGGUGAGAAAGGGACCAUAUGCAAUUUAAAAUUGUCUGGAUUUAUAAACACUGUUUAUCACAAAAUGUUUGCCAGUCUUUUAAAAUGUACUUACUGUAUAUGCCUUAUAUGUAAUUCAUGCAAUGAUUCCUGAUUGCUAUGUAAAUACAUACAUGUGAAUUAUAGGCUAAUAUAAAUUA